UGUCCAUUACCAUAGUUUCCUUAUUUGAUAAGUGCGCGUGAAGCGCGUGGUUUUAAGAAAAAGGAAAAAAGUGUUGUUGUUUUCCUUUUUCGUUAAAAAAGUGCCUGUGGGACUCUCGACAACACUUAUCCGCUGAACAGGCGAACAGCUCUGCAAUUUGAACUCUAAAAUCCUUUUUGUUCUGAAGGAUGCUUUAGGCUUUGAGGCUUUAGUUACAGGUAAAACAACCAAUAUGCGAUGUGGAUGAGAGGAUUACAAGUCUAAGCGGCUUAACACGAUACGCAGAAUCAACCAUCUUCUUAGGUCUCCUUGUAGGAAGAGAUACAAAGUCUUUGUUGUAUAGCCCCCCUAGUAAAUGACGGGAGUUCGAGGAUUCCACGUCGGCAGUACCCAGAAUCCGUUUGCGUUUGCAUCCGCCACCAAACAUAACUUUAGGGGGGUGUGUCUGAUCAGAUGUGCCGCCAACACUCCGAAGAAACGGUACACUAUCGCGGUGCUUCCCGGCGAUGGUAUCGGCAACGAAGUCAUCCCAGUCGCUGUGGAAGUUCUUCGUUUAGCUGGGUCUCUUGAAGGGAUAUAUUUUAGCUUCGAGGAGUUGCCUAUAGGAGGCGUUGCUUUAGAUCUCGUCGGAGUCCCAUUACCUGGGGAAACAUUGACAAGGGCAAAGCAAUCAGACGCUGUUCUUCUCGGAGCUGUUGGAUGGCCGAAAUGGGAUAACAAUCCGAAGCAUUUGAAGCCAAUAACGGCUUUGUUGCAGCUCCGUGCGGCUCUUGAAGUAUUUGCCAAUUUAAGACCCAUCACAGUGUUACCACAGUUGGUUAAUUCGACAUAUCUAAGAAAAGAAACAGCUGAAGGGGUUGACCUUUUGAUCAUCCGCGAGCUUACUGGGGGUAUUUACAAUGCGCAUCCUCGGGGUUUUACCACAAAUGAACAAGGUGAAGAAAUUGGAUUUUGUACUGAGUCCUACUCUGCAAGUGAGGUUGAUCACAUUGCUCGCGUUGCAUUUAAUAUUGCUAAGCAAAGACGUGGCAAACUUUGUUCUGUUGACAAGGCUACUAUCUUGGAGGGAUCAAUGUUGUGGAGGAAAAGAGUAACAUCAAUGGCUUCAGAGUAUCCUGAGGUUGAAGUGAGUCAUCUGCUGAUUGACACUGCUGCGAUGGAUCUUGUUCGGCACCCAAGACAGUUCGAUACCAUUCUGACUGGGGUCAUGUUUGGUGAUAUUCUUUCUGAUCUCGCGGCUAUGAUCCCGGGAAGUGUAGGAUUGCUUCCAUCCGCUGCCCUUGGUGAUUCAGGGCCUGGAAUCUUCGAACCUGUGCAUGGAUCUGCACCUAAACACUACGGAAAGGACACAGUGAACCCCAUGGCAGCUGUACUAUCAGCUGCCAUGCUUUUGAGAUAUGGGUUGAAAGAAGAAAAUGCAGCAAAGCGAAUAGAAGAAGCAGUUUGUGAUGUCUUGGACCGUGGAUUCAGAACUCGUGACAUUCACACACCUGGAACUACGUGCGUAGGUUGCAGGAGAAUGGGAGAGGAGAUAUUGAGAUCCCUUGAUGCUAAAGUCUCUGCUUCGACUAAAAGCUUGGUUUAGCUGCAAAAACGAUAAACAAAUUUCAGAGAGUGCCAUUGAGAAAAUCAAUGUUUGUUUCUGUCUGAUAAAUUGUUGAAGUGUAUACAUGUUCCUAAGAUCGCUGUUGAGACUUGAGAGAAAAUGAGAAGCUGCACUUGAAGAGUGUAUUUCUAGGA